GAGCAAUUGGCGAUGGUGGUGCGGUGCGUACCAUGGUGAUGACUGCGGAGGUUAGUAGUCGUUGGGUGGGUUGUCGUGUCGCUGGUGUUGAAGUCGCGGUAAAAUGAUUUUGGCACCUGGGAGCGGAUGUGUGCGAAGCGAGCCAAGCCCGCCGUGCACGUGCCAGGCCGCGAUGCGGUAGCUACGAACUCUUUGAUCGCGAACAAACAGCUCUAUACGCCCCGCCCAUUGCCAACGUCGAGGGGACAAUCUCUCCAUACUCUUACCCACCCGUCUUCUGAGCUUCCAGUCGUCCUCGGACGCGCACUACCAAUCAUGUCUGGCGCCGCAAACCGACAGGGAAAGAUGCAAAAUCUAAUCAACUACCGCAUGAAAGUUACUCUGCAGGAUGGCAGACAAAUGGUCGGGCAGAUGCUCGCAUUCGACAAGCACAUGAACCUCGUUCUCGCCGACACAGAAGAGUUCCGACGCACACGAAGAAGGGGCAAGGCCGCACCCGGCGCAACCCAGCAAGUCACCGAGACUGAAGAGCGACGCGCAAUUGGACUUACCAUCAUUCGUGGCGCGCAUGUAAUCUCGUUAUCUGUCGACGGACCACCGCCUGCAGACCCUGCCGCGCGACUUGGCGCGAGCGCUGGAGGACCAUCUACUGCUGCCGCGCUGGCUGCAGGACCCGGUGUUGCUCGUCCUGCCGGACGUGGUCUCCCAGUCGGUCUUACUGGGCCAGCUCCUGGUGUUGGAGGCCCCGGCCCUGGGUUCGGAGGCGGUUUCCCAGGCGCACCUGGAGGCUUCGGAGGCCCGCCUGGCUUCCCUGGUCGUGGCGGCCCUCCAGGUGGACCACCUGGAUUCCCUCCCGCUGGUGGACCUCCCGGAUUCGGAGCACCACCAGGCUUCGGUGGACCGCCCGGCUUCCCUGGUCGUGGUGGACCUCCUGGUUUCGGUGGCAGAUAAAAGGACAAUGAACGAUCAUAAUGAAAUAUCGCUAGAAAGAUUUGGCAUUGGACCAUCGAACACGGCGCGUGCCCAUACCACACAUCUCAGGAGAUACCUUGGAAGAGGACCAAACUCACGUCCAACACGUCGCAAGGGACUGCGUAUCCCUAAAUUGCGUUACAAUCAGCGAUUGUGAGGAGCACCGGCAGAGCGAGAUACCAAGUUCAAAAGUGUACUGAGAUUUGGUUGAGGAACAGGAAAUAUACCACUGGCUUAAAUGCAUUCACAAGAAACAGUCGCAUCAUUUCACCAUAAGACAUGACUGUAGCUCCAAUCAUCCAAGUCCAAAUGUACCCAUAUCUUGAGUGUCUGUCAUAGUGAGAUGAAUGAGUCCCUAGCUUCAUACC